AUGGAUUCAAAUGAUCAUGUAGAACAAACGAAGAAACAACUACAUCAAAUCAAUGAUUAUAUUGUAUUUCACACUCAACUUGAACCUUGCAUUAAUUUCAUUGAAUCGAUUCAUAAUGAAAAAAUUUUUUUCAUCUCUUCAAUUUAUGAUGCAUCACAAAUAUUAUCUCAUAUUGCUACUCCCUCUCAAAUUGACAACAUCUUUGUCUUCAAUUGGAAAAAAGGUGAUCGUGAACAUUUCACUUUUGAACAUUCAAAACUUAUUGGUAUCUAUGAUGAACUCGAUUUAUUAUGUUUAUCAAUUCAAGAACAAGUCGAUUUUUUCAAUCAACAUUUACAAACAUUCAAUUUCUUCAAUCAAGAUGAACACUUAACAAAAGAUCUAUCAAAACAAACUGCUGAUCUUCUUUGGUUUCAACUUUAUCAUGAUGUUCUAUUUCAAUUAACACAUGAUGAAAAAGCUAAACAAGAAAUGAUCGAUGCAUGUCGUUCCUAUUAUCAAGAUAAUAUCAAAGAGUUAGAGAUGAUUGAGAAGUUUGCAAAUGAAUAUCGAUCAAAAGAAGCUCUUCAUUGGUAUUUGAAAAAAUCAUUUCUCUACAAAAUGAUUAAAAAAGCAUUAAGAACUAAAGAUUUCAAUCAACUCUACACAUUUCGAUAUUUUAUGAAAGAUCUUACAGAAAGUCUCAUUCGGGAACAUCAAAAGAUGAUUCAGUCUGAUAAAAAAAUACUAUUCACCUAUCGAGGAAUGAAAUUAACGAGUAAUCAAAUCGAAAAAUUCAAAGAAAAUGAAGGUAAACUGAUUUCAAUCAAUGGAUUUUUCACAACAACUAUUUUUCGUUCAACUGCAUUAAGACAAACAAUGAUAUCGUCGAAACAAACUGAUCUCAUUUCUGUUCUCCUAGAAAUUCAAUGCUAUCCACAACAUAUUAGCAAGAAUGUCAUUGUUGCUGAUAUUAUUCAAUUCAAUGAAAUUCCAUCUGAAGAACAACAAGAAAUUCUCUUCGAUUCAAAUGCCACUUUUCGAUUGGAGAGUGUCAGAAUGGAAAAAGACAUGUGGUUAAUUAAAAUGAAUGCCUCAAAUGAAGGUCAAAUUAUCAAAGAAAAAUAUAUUAAAGACUCAAAUCGCCAAAUGAAAGAUCUAAGCAUCGGAAUUCUCUUUGGAAGAUUGAUGUGUGAUAUGGGUCAAUGGGAUCAAUCACAACACUUCUUUCAACAUUUAUUGAACAACUCGAAUAACAACAAUGAAGAUCUUGCAAAAAUUGAAUCUAGUCUUGGUGAAGUUCUUCAGUGGAAAGGAGAAUGGAGUGAAGCACGGAAGUAUUAUGAUCGUGCUUAUGAACGAGUGAUGAAUUAUGAUGAAGCACUUAUCUUUCAUAAACAAGCACUAGCAAUGCUCGAAGAAUAUUAUCAAUUUCCUCACGUCGAUAUUGCUCUUAGUCUUGCCUAUAUUGGUCAGGUUCUUAUAUAUCAAGCAAAGUAUGAUGAAGCUCUCGAUUUCUAUCAACGAGCGACAUCAAUCUAUACAAAAUAUUAUCCAAAUAGUCAUGUAAACAUUGCCUCCACCCUCAACCACAUUGGUUAUAUUCUCUAUCUCGAAGGCAAGCAUGAUGAAGCUUUGAAGAUUUAUAAACAAGCAUUGGUAAUACAACAAAAGUAUUAUCCAUCUGGUCAUGUCGAUAUAGCUGAUAGUCUUGGUGGAAUAGGAAAUAUUCACUAUGGACAAGGAAAAUAUGAAAAAGCUCUGGAGUUUCAUGAACAAGCACUGAAAAUUGAACAGAAAUAUUAUUUUUCUGGUCACAACGACAUUAUUACUACUCUAAACAAUAUUGGCUAUAUACAAAAGGAACAAGGAAAGUAUGAUGAAGCUCUUGAUUUUCAUCGACGAGCAUUAGCAAUGCAAGAGAAAUAUUAUCCAUCUUAUUAUGCGAACAUCGCUGACACUCUGAAUUACAUCUCUAGUGUACUACUUAGUCAAUCAAAAUUUGAUGAAGCUCUAGCAAUGGAAUAUUAUCAAAAAGCAUUAGAAAUUCAAGAGAAAUACUAUCCAAAUGGCCAUGUAAGCAUUGCGAUAACCUUCAUUUUUAUUGGCGCAAUAUUUCAUCAACAAGAAAAAUUCGAUCAAGCGAGUGAAUAUCAUCAAAAAGCAUUAGAAAUUCAAGAGAAAUAUUAUGUAAAUGAUCAUGUGGAUAUUGCAACAACCCUCAAUAAUAUUGGCACAAUACUUCGUCAACAAGAAAAAUUUGAUAAAGCGAUUGAAUAUUAUCAAAAAGCAUUAGAAAUUCAAGAGAAAUACUAUUUAAAUGAUCAUGUGGACAUUGCAACAACUCUAAAUAAUAUGGGCACAACAUUUUGUCAACAAGAAAAAUUCGAUCAAGCGAUUGAAUAUCAUCAAAAAGCAUUAGAAAUUCAAGAGAAAUAUUAUCCAUCAGACAGUGUCUUCAUAGCUGAUACCAUCAAUAGUAUCGGUCAUGUUCUGUACAAUGAAGAAAAGUAUGAUGCAGCAAUUGACUAUUAUCGACGUGUACUUUCAAUACAAGAGAACUUCUAUCCUGAUAAUUACAUCGAAAUUUCUCAUACUUUCACCUCCAUUGCACUCGACUGUUAUCAACAAGCUCUAAAAAUUCUUGAAAACUGCUACCCAUCUGGUCAUAUUGAUAUUGCUGACACUCUGGUAAAUAUUGGUAUGACUCUAAAUAUUCAAGGAAAGUAUGAUAAAGCCCUCAAUUUCUGUCAACGAGCAGUGACAAUUUAUGAACAAUAUUAUCCAUCUAAUCAUGAAAAUCUUGCUACUUGUUUGGGUUCUAUUGGUUACAUAUUGAGGAAUCAAGAAAAAUAUGAUGAAGCUCUCGAUUUUUAUUAUCGAGCACUGACAUUUUAUAAGAAGGAUUCAUCCAAUCAUUUGAAUACUACUACUUGUCUGAAUAACAUAGCUCAAACUUUAAAAGAACAAAGCAAAUAUGAUGAAGCUCUCGUCCUUCAAAAACAAGCAUUGGAAGUUCUCAAAAGUAAUUUGUCUAGUGAUCAAUUUAGAAUUGCUACUAAUCUUAAGAAUAUUGGUUAUACUCUAUUGGAACAAACAAAAUAUGAUGAAUCUCUCGACUUUUAUCAACAAGCAUUAACCAUAUUCAAAGAAUAUUAUCCCAAUGAUUAUAUUGAAAUUGCUGAUUGCCUAUACUGGAUUGCUGCUAACUUCAAUAGAAAGUCUCAAUUCGAUGUCGCUAUUGAAUAUUUAGAAAGAUGUUUAUUAAUUAAAGAAGUCAGUCUACCUUCAGACGAUCUUUCCAUUGCUAUCAUAUUUGAGUGUUUGUCACAGAAUUGUUUGUUAAUGCGUCUCAAAGUUCUUCGACCAGAUCAUGAGGACAUUGGUCAAAGUUUAUCAAACAUAGGUGAGAUUUACGAAAAUCUUCAUAUAUCUACGUUGGCACUUGAUUACUAUCAACAAGCAUUAUCUAUCUACAGACAAUGUCUACCUUCCGGGCAUAGAAAUAUAUGGAAGAUGGAAUCGAAUAUUGAACGACUUUCCGAAGAACUUGGUAUAGAACACGAUUAUUCAGAUUGA